GUCUGCAACCAAUCCUACUCAAUGAGAACUCUAAACGGAUGAAGUUUCUGUAUCUAAUCUAUACCUCCCAAUUGUGAAUUACAAAGAGAGAGAAGAAAGAAGAGAAAGAUGCCAAGAAGAAGAAGGAAAGAGACCUCGAAAUCCAAAGAAGAGUUGCCAGAGCCCACCGAUCAAUCACCUGAACCGACAAACAUACUUGGCCUCAGGCCUAGAAAUCUCGUUGGCCUUAAAAAGAAGCUUGAAGAAAAUCCUGAUAUUGUCAACGAUAUAAAUAACGAUGGUGAAACUCCCUUGCACACAGCUGCAAAGAAUGGUUGUAAUGAAGUGGCACGAUUUCUUCUAUUGCAUGGUGCUUCAGUUGCAGCUAAAGACAAUAAAGGAGUGACUCCCUUGCACCUUGCUGUAUUGUACUCACAAAAGGCUGGAGAUUGCUUAAUUGUGAGAACAUUGCUCGACUACAAUGCUGAUUGUAAUGUCGAAGAUAAUGAUGGAAGAUCUCCAUUAAAUCAUCUUUCAGAAGGCCCAGAAAGAAAGUAUUUAAGUGAGAUACUCCAUAACCAUCUUGGGAAACAAAGGAAAAGAAAAGCCAAUGAACUAUGUAGUGAGAUGAAAGCUAAGAUGGAUGAACUUGAAAAUGAAUUAUCUAAAAUUGUGGGGUUGCAUGAACUAAAAGUACAACUACGGAAAUGGAUGAAGGGAAUGGUUUUGGAUAAGAAGCGCAGGGCCCUUGGUAUCCAAGUUUCUACACCAAAGGCACCUCAUAUGGCAUUUCUUGGCAAUCCUGGAACUGGUAAAACAAAGGUAGCUCGAAUACUUGGAAAACUUUUCCAUACGCUGGGAAUUUUACCUACAGACAAGGUAAAGGAAGUACAAAGGACUGAUUUGGUUGGGGAGUACAUUGGACAGACAGGUCCAAAGACAAAGAAAGUGAUUAGAGAAGCAGAGGGAGGAAUUCUUUUCGUUGAUGAAGCAUAUCGGCUAAUACCUGUUCCUUGUCAACGAACUAAAGACUUCGGAUUGGAGGCCUUAGAGGAGAUCAUGUCUGUAAUGGAUAGUGGAAAGAUUGUCACUAUAUUUGCUGGCUAUACAAAACCAAUGAAAGGUUUGAUCUCCUCAAAUGAAGGAUUAUAUAGAAGGGUCACUAAAUUCUUCUCUUUCCAUGACUUCAGCUGUGAAGAACUAGCUCAGAUCCUACAUCUCAAGAUGAACAAUCAACCAGUGUCUAGCUCACUAUUUGGAUUCAAAUUGGACCCAGAAUGUACCUUAGAAGUUGUUGCUGAAUUGAUUGAAAUAGAAACGACAGUGAUGCAACGGCAGAAGAUGAAUGGAGGGUUGGUAGAUUUGAUGCUAGUCAAUGCCAAAGAGAAUUUAGAUUUUAGGCUUGAUUUUGAUUCAUCUGAUGAGGAUGAUCUUCGAACUUUCAUCUUAGAAGAUCUUGAAGUAGGUCUAAAAUCGUUAUCUCAAUUAGAUUUCUUAGCGUAAUAUUGUCUCCAGUGAUUCAAUUC